ACUGAAUUUAAUCGAUAUACGAUUGCCCAACUCAUGUGGUUGUUAAUUUUGGAAAUACUUAAUUUCUUCUGAUUUAUAAAUGGCAAAGAUCCUGCAGAAGUAUACAAAAUUCUCCUCAAAGGAGCUUGAACAGUAUGCAGCCAAUACAGAGUCCUGUGUGCGUUGUAUCAACACCGAUAUGCAUCUCUCAAUGGGUCCCUAUGGGAUGGCCAGUUUUAAAAGUGCCCUACACGAGCUCCUCAUCCGCACAAAGGUGGGCAUUUACAAUGCCAAUCUACAAGGAAUUGUGCUGGGAAUCAAGAAUAUAAAGGUUUUGGGUCACACUGCAGCCUUGCGGUCAGAUGAUCCUACACUUCAUUUGCUUAUCAAUGCGGACUUUUAUGUGUUUCGCCCUGUGGCUGGUGCAGUUCUUAAUGGUGUGGUUCGGCACAUAUCCAAGCAUCAGGUUAGCGCCGUUAUAUACAGAGUCUUUAACACAACCAUUCGGUUCACCAACAAGAAACAGACUCGAGAAGGUAUAACAAUGGAUCAAGAUAUCAAGUUUCGCAUCAAAGAUUUUGAUAUUAGUAAUGUCAUGCCUUAUAUAGAGGGUGAAUUGUUACUGGAGGAAGAGCAACAGAAUAAAUCUAUCAAGUUUGACAUCGACGAACCCGAGGAGGAUAACAAACUAAAUGUGGAAUUAGAUGCUAUUUUAGAAUUAAUUAAAACCGAACCCAUCCCAGAAUCACCCAAAAAGAAGCAGACAACCAAGCGGAAAAAGGACGAAGCUGAAGGACCAAAAUUAAAAAAAGUCAAACAAAUAAAAGUGGAACCUGUCUAAUUUUCAAAUCAAAUCAACUGAAAUUUUUGAAAUCUGCAGUACAAGUUUUAUAAAAUGUAAAGCAUUUUAUAAGACAAAAGGGAACCAUUUGGAACUGUUUGAAUUCCUAUAUUGUUAAUUCCAAAUGCGUAAGAAAUAUCUUGAAAGUAUGGGAACAUUAUUUUUUUUCGUCAUUAAUAAGUGGAGAUAUCCACUUUAUAAAAGAUGUCCUAAAAAACAUCUUCAAACUUCAACAUUUUUCUAAUGUUUUAAUAUUCUGACUUCCAUUAAAUUAAUGUAUAUAUGUAUGUAUGUACAUUAUAAGUAGUUUAAAACAUUAAAUCUCAAAUAAAUCACUUUACUUAUUUGUAGACACAUUAUUGUCAUGUCAGUACUUGGAAAGUAAAGUCAUCGUUGGUAAAUAA